AGCUACGCGUGUUUCUUCCUAGGUCUUGGCAGCACCAUCCGGCUGGAGGGAGUCGACACUGGCCGCUUGUUUUCUAAAUACAAGGGACUUUUGGAUAUGUUUUGUUUUCACUUAUAUUUCCUUUCCUGGAUAAAUGCCUGUGCUGCGUGAGGAGACAGUUUGCAAGCUGAACAUACGGGAUCAAAUGGGGAAAAUAAGUUGACUGCUCUCGGAAGAAUUUGUUUUCCUCGUUUCAGGAAAAAAGACUCCUCGUUUUAUAAAAAUGUUUUGGAUAUCUGGAGUCUGGGGGAAUUGUGACAUCUGAGGGAGGAAAGCGGCCCCCUGCCUGUUUUUUUUUUUUUUAACCGACGCUGUAAACGGCAACAUUGUAUCAAACCACUCGUGUGGCAUUCUACCUUUACUUGUAUUCAUUCGUUCUUGUAGUCUACUACUACAUAAUAUCGAAUUUGUUGUUAUAUGACGAACAUUUGAAGAUCCCGUAGUGUUCUGCAACGCCGAGAACAAGUGUUUAUUCAGCAAGCAAUUGUAGCUUGACCCAAAGCGGUAUAACUUCUGCAAACUGCAUGCAGCACUGGCGGUGGGAACAACGGCGGUGCUGGACCAGGCAAUAUGGCAAACUUGAGUAAAUGUAAAAGAUGAAUGCUGUGCUAUUUCCCAUGUGAUACAUAUCAUAUCGGUUUCCCUUUUCAUACCAAGAAGGGGAAAUUAACCGAGUUUCGUGAGUGGAGAGGGGAACGCCACUUCCAACAUGAGGGAGAUCUAGGGCCGUUGAUCAUUUAUUUAUUGUGGGGGGUACGGGUUCUUUCUGUCGCAUUUUUAUUUAAUCAUUUUAACAGGUGCACUGCAUUUACAUAUUAAGUAUUGUAACAAUUUUAGUAGCUAUCGCUGCAUGUGCAAGAAAAUUAAAUUAGGCUACAAUAAGUAGGUCAGAUAAGCUACAUGAAAUGAUAAGACUGUUGAGGACAGCGAGGUUGCUCUCAGAUUUAUCGCUGACAUGUUUAUUUAAUUCAAAUCUUUCCUAGAGUUUCGAUUUAUGUCUCUGGCCAUAACCAAAUUAACAGUUAAACACCAUCUGCCCAAUCCUAAAGCCCUACCUUCACCUGGGGUAGCCUUUUAUUUUCGCGUAAGAUAGACGGCAGAUUUCCACCCAUUUCACCGUAAUUUUCCUUUCUUUUUGAUUGUUGUUAUUGAGUGAAUGGCUCUGUGCGGAACGACGGCUACCAAUGCCGCAAAAAUGAUGGCUGCAUACAACGGUGGCGCCUCGACAGUUGCUGCCCAUCACCCGCACCAUCACCACCAAUUACCGCAUCUCCCUCCUCCCCAUCUCCACCACCACCACCACCCCGGGCAGCAUCACUUGCAACACCCCGGCUCGGCCGCCCCUGUCCAUCCAGUACAACAGCACGCUUCUACAGCAGCAGCUGCAGCGGCUGCCGCUGCUGCGGCAGUAAUGCUGAACCCGAGCCAGCAGCAAUCCUACUUUCCCUCGCCAGCUCCUGGACAAGCCCCCGGCCCGGCAGCAGCUACAGCACCUGCCCAAGUUCAAGCUGCAGCUGUUAAAGCACAUCACCACCAUCAUCACCAACACUCACAUCACUUACAGCCGCAGUUGGACAUAGAGCCUGACAGACCCAUCGGCUAUGGAGCUUUUGGGGUGGUCUGGUCAGUGACCGACCCACGGGAUGGAAAGCGUGUUGCCCUCAAAAAGAUGCCUAACGUCUUCCAGAACCUUGUCUCCUGUAAGAGGGUCUUUCGGGAACUCAAGAUGCUGUGCUUCUUCAAACAUGAUAACGUGCUGUCAGCUCUCGACAUUCUACAGCCCCCACACAUCGACUACUUUGAGGAAAUCUAUGUGGUGACAGAACUGAUGCAGAGUGACCUCCAUAAGAUCAUCGUGUCCCCUCAGCCCCUCAGUUCAGACCACGUCAAAGUCUUUCUCUACCAGAUCCUCCGAGGACUGAAGUAUCUGCACUCAGCUGGCAUCCUACAUCGAGACAUCAAACCUGGCAACCUCCUGGUCAACAGCAACUGUGUCCUCAAGAUCUGUGACUUUGGUCUGGCGCGGGUGGAGGAGCUGGAUGAGUCUCGUCACAUGACUCAGGAGGUGGUGACCCAGUAUUACCGGGCGCCAGAAAUCCUCAUGGGCAGCCGCCAUUACUCAAACGCCAUCGACAUCUGGUCUGUGGGCUGCAUCUUUGCAGAGCUCCUGGGCCGACGCAUUCUCUUCCAAGCCCAAAGCCCCAUCCAGCAGCUGGAUUUGAUCACAGAUCUGCUGGGGACUCCCUCUCUGGAGGCCAUGAGGACCGCGUGUGAGGGGGCCAGGGCUCACAUCCUCAGAGAACCACACAAACAGCCAUCACUCCCUGUCCUGUACACCCUGUCAAGCCAGGCCACCCAUGAAGCUGUCCACCUCCUAUGCAGGAUGCUUGUGUUUGAUCCGUCAAAGCGGAUCUCAGCGAAGGACGCGCUUGCUCACCCCUACCUGGACGAGGGCCGGCUGAGGUACCACACCUGCAUGUGUAAGUGCUGCUACACCACCUCCUCCGGCCGGGUCUACACCAGUGACUUCGAGCCCGUCACCAAUCCCAAGUUCGAUGACAGCUUUGAGAAGAACCUGACCUCCGUGAGACAGGUCAAAGAGAUCAUUCACCAGUUUAUCCUGGAGCAGCAGAAGGGGAACAGGGUGCCGCUCUGCAUCAACCCCCAGUCAGCCGCUUUCAAAAGCUUUAUUAGUUCCACGGUGGCCCAGCCCUCUGAGAUGCCUCCCUCCCCCCUGGUCUGGGAAUAGCUGCUGCCAUGGCCUCUGCCAGACCAAAACCCGGGCCCCGCCCUCGGCCCCGCGCUGGACUACUGAGGACAAGAGGAAACCCCCAACCUGCGUAGCAUUUCACUGGAGUCUAGGACAAUGUCCACUGUGUGUGUACUGUAAUAGUAACUAUGAAGUUUUCAAAUGAACCGCACCAACCACUGUUGACUAGGUUAUGGGGGGAGGGGGCUAUGUAUGCAAGUGUGUAAGCCUACGCUGUUCUGGGGGGGUGAAGCAACAAAUGGAUGCAGACCAACAUGCGUGUGCGCACAUCCAUCAUGUAGAGCUGGUUUAAGGGCCACUCUCAUGGGCUUGACAGCGUGUGUGAAGCCAGGGAUGGGAUGAAACCGCAGGCUACAGAGUGCCUUUAGUCUCUGCCUGCAGUCCCCAAGGGCAACACAGCUCCCGUCCACUUCCAUACAUGCAUAGUCAUCACUUAUUUAAAGGACGGAGAGGGGGUUUCAGAAAGGGGGUUCUUUUUAUGUAUAGCACGAGAUUUAAGACGGUACCUAGUCACGCUAGCAGACCCACCACCCCUCACUCUAAACCCCACCCCCCCACCC